CCAAGAUUUCUCGCCGAUUAACUUUCGAGUCACCGGCGUAUUUUGACGUCUGCCACGGAGUGGCUGGCCAGGAUUUUUUCGGCUAAAAAGGUUAGAAGAACAAAUGCUCAUGAACUUUUGAUUGUACAUCAUAUCUCUGUGAUAUUUCAUUCUUAUUUGGAUAUCAGGAUGCGGUUUUAAAUAUUAGUGAUUUUAUUUGUGUCUUUCCAUGAAUCUUAUAAAAGCAAUAGAAACAUGUAUUCUUUAAUCUGUAAAGUUGCAUUUUGUUGUAGAAACAUAUUUUAAAUAGAAUCUGCUAAAACAAUAUCAAAAGUGUCAUAAUAUUUUGCGACUAAAUUGUUAAAUAUUUUCUCGGCUAAUCUGUAAAAGCACUUUCAUUUUAUCAAGUACUUCUGGAUACGCCCAUGCUGUGAGUAAGCAAAUUUUCUAUCUCCAAGCCCCACCCAUUUUGACACAUUCGUAAUCGACGCUUUUGGCUUUGCUUCUUAAUUCUUCAGGUUGGAAGUAAAAUGUGUUUUUCAUUUCUCAAAACGCGCGGGAAAUUCAAAUUCACAACGGAUCUAUCAUACACCAUCUUGUUUCUCCUCGCCUUCCACGUCUUUGUCGCAUCGAACGUGCUCUCCGCCCUGGGAGCCACCAAGAUCGGCCUCCUGGUGCCCCACGUGGGUGGCGGUGCCGGCACCCCACCGCGGGUCAACGCUAGCGACGGUCGCCCGGUCUGGCCAGUGGAUUACAAAAAGGUUGUCUCGGACGUGAUCUUCCGGACUAGGACCUGGCUGGACGAGCAGAACCAAACAGGGCGGAAGUGGCAGGAGUUUGACCUAGUUUGGGGGGACACUGGGAAGUGUGACGAGAAAACGGUGCUGGGAGAGACAGUCAAGAUGAAGGAGAGCAGUGUAGGGAUUAUCAUCGGACCUCCAUGCACAUUAUCCGUUCGAGUAGUGGCUCUUCUCGGCUCCUAUUCCGGGAUUCCAGUGGUCACGUGGGCUCCGGUGCACCGUGACGUGAUUGGAGAGAACUCACAAGAUGGCGUCAUAUCGACAUUCGGGACCUACGAUGAUUUCGCCAGCGCCGCCAUUGUCGUAAUGAGACACUUGAAGUGGACAAAGACAGCAUUUUUGUACGAGAAGGAAGGAGACUGCGGCUAUCUUAUAGAUGAAUUGAGAAAUCGAUAUCUAGGGGAAAACGAAUUUACAGAAGCGUUGGUGGUACAGACGAGGCCAGGAUACAACUCCACUAUCGCUGAUGGAUUGGCCCGGACCAAAUCUUUAACCAGAACUAUUGUCGUCUGUUCAUCUCAUGACAUCAUGCAGACGAUACUAGUUACGGCAGAAACGCUAAAAAUGACUUCCGGACACUACGCCUUUCUUUACCUCAGCUUCGACUUUAGCCCAUUUGAGUUCCGGAAGUCAAGAAAGAGAGAUGAUGGAGGCGGGGGGAACAAGGAGGAGAUGAUGGGGUGCGUCCUUCAACUUGGUCAUUUUCCAAAUUUGGACAAUCACCAAUCGCUAAAGCAGGGCGCAGUCACCGAGUAUGGUCUCCCUGAAUCACUGGUCACAAGGUGGCACUACUUCCAUGAUGCCGUAGCCCUGGCCGUGGUGAUGGCGGCCACUCGAGACGACAGCAACUUCAGCCUGAACGGAUACACCAUCCCAGCCCCACAUUUACAGACAGGAGCUAUCCGUAUUAAUGACCAGGGUGUCAGAAGGUCAGCAUUUCAUUUGGUCCACUAUCAGAACGCCAGGCAGUCUACGGUCGCCAUGGUUACCGCUGACCUGGACCUGCUCACCCCAGAGGCUCUCGUUUGGCCAGGAGGCCGCGUGCCAGUGUCCCAGCUGACGUGCGAUAGCCACGAGCAAGGGUGUACUGAUAACACUGCAAUCAUUGCUGGGAGCGUUGUCGGAGUGUUGUUGUUGGCUGUAGUCAUGGUGAUAACCAUCAUCUUUUACAGGAAGUACAAGAGACGGGACAUUGGCGAGAGCAGUGAAUGGAUCGUGGAGGACAAGGAAGUGAAGCGAAGGAAGGUGAAGGUGAACGCCAUCAACAGCAACACCACCACCACCACCUCCACGGGCAACAACGCCGGCUACAGCAACGGAGUAACCACCUCUUGUAACGGGAGUGUGAAGAAGCGUCUUGUUCGUAUGGAAACAAGAGGAACCAUUGGUCUUGGCUCUAACUGCAGCUUGGACAAGUCCAUGUUGUACGCCCCCAUAGGGAACUAUAAGGACAUGGUUGUUGCAGUCAAGCAUGUCAGAUGGACACAUGUUCAGUUGGGGAAGAAAGAGAUGCUACAAGAUCUUAAAAUGGUGAAGGAGUUAUCUCACGACAACGUCAACCAGUUCAUCGGCGCAUGCGUGUCCUCCACUCCUGGCGCUACCUACAUCCUGUUUCGGUACUGUUCUAAAGGAAGUCUACAGGACGUAUUGGAAAACGACGACAUAAAGUUGGAUUGGAUGUUUAAGUUGUCCUUCGCUCUUGACCUUGCCAGGGGCAUGGAGUAUCUUCAUAAGACGCCACUGCGUUCCCAUGGUAACCUGAAAUCAAGUAAUUGUGUCAUUGACAGCCGAUGGGUGCUAAAGAUAACGGAUUUCGGCGCCAUAGUGUCUUACAGGAAGCCAGGCACAGACGGGGACAUAGGAAACAAAGCUUACUAUACUAGUCUCCUAUGGUGUGCCCCUGAAAUAUUGCGAAUGAGCAAGCGCCCUCAGAAAGGCACCCAGAAGGGCGACGUCUACAGCUUCGGCAUUAUCCUUCAGGAGAUUCUGCUGAGGUGCGCCCCUUACCUGUACAACAACAAGGACACAGGAGAAAUAAUCUCCUUGGUGAAGAGCAAAGGGCAAGGCCGUCCGUACCGACCCGUUCUACCCAAUGAGACUGAUUGUCCGGCGAAAGCGUCUGCCCUAAUGGUCUCGUGCUGGUCAGAGGAGCCGGAGGCCAGACCGGACUUUCACAACAUUAGGAAGAGGCUGAGAGAGUUUAAUGGCCACAAGAGAUUUAACAUCAUGGACAACAUGCUGCAGAUGCUGGAGUCUUAUAGCAGCAACUUGGAACUUCUGGUCAACGAGAGGACAGAGGAACUGGAGGCAGAGAAGAGGAAAACGGACACGCUUCUAUAUCAAAUGUUACCUCCUCUGGUGGCGGAGCAGUUAAAAAGUGGGAUGUGCGUCAUACCAGAGUUUUUUGAGAAUGUCUCCAUCUUCUUCUCAGACAUUGUGGGCUUCACCGCCAUAGCCAGUCAGAGCAAGCCUUUGGAGAUAGUUGACCUCCUGAAUGACCUGUACACUUGUUUUGACGAGGUCAUUGCCAGACGUGACGUGUACAAGGUCGAAACAAUUGGCGAUGCCUAUAUGUGUGUUAGCGGCUGCCCCAAGAGGAACGGGCCAAGACACGCUGGAGAAAUAGCCAACAUGGCACUUGACCUCAUCUCGGCCGUCACGCACUUCCGCAUCCGGCACAAACCGGAAGAGAGGCUGAACCUGCGCAUCGGCCUGCACACUGGGCCGUGCGCUGCGGGGGUGGUGGGCAGGACGAUGCCUAGGUACUGCUUGUUUGGCGACACGGUCAACAUGGCUAGCAGAAUGGAGUCCACUGGUAAAGCUCUUCACAUCCACAUGAGCAGCGAAAUGAAAGACGCUCUGGACGAUCUGGAUUGGGGCUUUCUCAUGGUGGACAGGGGCUUCAUUGACGUUAAGGGUAAAGGUUUGCACAAAACUUUUUGGCUGGCGGGCAAGAAAAACUACAAGAAACCAUUGCCAGAAUCUUUAGUGGCACUUCAAAAGAGUCUUGAAGAAGGCGGUAACCCUCCUACGCCGUCCUACUGCACCCUGACUGUGGGAGACAGCAUGUUCAGCGCCCUUAGGAAAACUUCCAUCACCAUCAGCAACAUCACCGUGGAAAACACUCCCUACACUUCUGACUCGGAGGACGCCGUCAGCAUUCAAGGCCACUCGAGCUGCUGCGAGCCCGGAGUGCGAAGCCUCAACGCACUGUUCUCCUCUUCCGUUCCCGGACCAAAGCGGAGGCACGCCACUGUGCAGCCUGCGGAUUUCGUGCUGGCGGCACAGUCUGCCGGCGUGGGCGAUAAAGGAAAAGGCGGCGACAGGGCGUUGGCUGAUCUUAAGCCUAAGAGCAGCGUGCUAGGAAGCAUCGACUCCAAUCUCGACAAGGACGCUUCCGCUUACGAGGCUGCUAGCGAGGGCAGGGACAAGUUCAGCCCCCUGAAACAGCCUGUCAAAAAGGACAGUGCCUGCUACAGCCUCAUUGAUAUUCGCAGCGACAACGAAGCCAACAAAACUGAUGCCGACGCCACGUCCGGCAGCAUGAUAGAUUUGACUAAGCUUGACGCGGACAUUGUGUCCGUCAUCAACUGUGAAAACCGGAGUGUCUUCGGUGAUACAGGCGUCAUUGAGCCACCAGAACCGCUCAGAGAGAGUAAAGUAGCGAGAAAGAAGUAUAUGGACAGAAGAAAACUUUCUGGCUCGGAGGAUAUUCCUCGAAUUGAAAUAACUUGAACUUUUAGGA